AUGGCAACCGCUGUUGGCGUGGUCGGUACGAGGAGCCUCGACUUUGACGACUUCGACGACUUGUGCACAUCCAUCGCCGUCGUGACUCCCUCGUCUCGCACGAAGCGGAGGGACAGGACCCGGUCAAAGGCAGCGAGCACCCGAGCAGCUCCGCGCAUGAAGGAGCCCGACCUCGAGGCGAGGGCGGCGGCAAGCAGCGCUGGAGGCAGGAGGAAGCGCGCGAGCCGGGGCGAGAGCCGGGCGACGAGGGCCGUAGUAAGCGAGGACCAGGAGCAGGAAGGCGACCUCCGGCUGAUGACGCACGGAUCUGGCCGCUCCUGGAUCUGCUGUCUCACGCUAUCCCUGCUGCCCGUUCUGCUGCUGGCCGCCGGCGCGAUGGCGGCCACCGCCUCGAGCUGGCUGAACCCGACCCUUCCGCUCGCAGAUCGCGGCGCGUGCCAUUUCUACAUGUAUCGCGCCCAAAGUCGCGUCACCUUCGAGUGGGGCUCGAUGAACCUGGGGACCCUUCCGGGCGUGCUCAAGUACCUCCAUACUGAGAUCGUGCCGAUGAACCACCCGGGCAACAGGCUCUGGUCGAUCGACCGCAUCCUUCGCUUCUCUGUGCUCGUGCGCAACCCCGGCCCGACUUGCUUCGCCAAGCAGCACGUCUUCGCCGCCUUCGACAGCGGUCGCUGCACCGUCCCCGCGUGCGCCUCGCGCUGGGCCAGCUCUGGCUACUUUGUCGGCUGCCAGACGCAGGGGGCAGGGAGCAUCCACGCCUACGAGGGCGCGGUCUGGUACUCGGUCCCGGGGCCCUGCCCUUCGAGAGAGUUCCGCGACGAGACCGAGGCGUGCCGCGCGGCGGAGCCCGGUGGGCGCUGCCGAGCGCCCGACGGCUCUCCCACUUGCACUUGGGAGCUGAAGCUGGUCGGCCACAUCACUCUGGAUGAGCUCGCGGGCAUCGGAGACUACCGAGCAUUGCAGCGCAGCGGGGGCCGAGAGUACGACCCGGCCACCGAUCGUGGAGUCGGCACCUCCUUCUGGGACGGGGCCCGCGAUCGAACGAGGUGCGCCGAGCGAGUCGCCGCUGCGGAGCGGCUGUUCCACAGGCGCUACCCAUCCCAACCACAACACCUCCCCACGCCGGCUUGUUUGAACUGA